GGGUGAGUCCUGUGCUUCUCAGCGUAUUCAGCGCCAGAUUAGUGCGAUGCACAUUCUGCAAUCUGUGGAGUCCUUUUUUGCCGCUGCUGGAGCAUCUUGCAAAUCUAAUUGCUCAUAAUUUGUCGUUGAUGUCACUGUAUCAAAUGAGCGCUGUGAUGCAAUUGUGAAUAAUGAAUCAGUCAAUGCUUAUGAAACUAGCACUUCUCAACCUAGGCAGCCAACUUGCGAUGAUGCAGUUCCAUCAAAAGAGAUUUCUUUUCGCAUCUCGGUUUUCCAGCAAAUUCCCGAGACACUUUUAGUGAAAGCCUCCUUACAAAAUAAAAAAAGACCCACUUUCUGGCGCAUUCUCUGUGCUGUUUCAGCAGCUGGAAUUAUCCCUUAAGAAGGAUUAUUGUAGAAAUACCUAAACAUGUUCAAGGUGCAAGCUCGGAAGAUAUGCCUACUUUCAACUAUGUAUGACCUGUUAACUACUUGUAGAGCGAACCCGGAUCUGUGGAACCAUUGGCCCAACUUGUGAGUUUGGAAUUAAUAGUGUAUGCGUCAAUGCUUGGGUUCCUGAUCAGAUAUCUCCCUACCCAGAACCGGAACUGAUUAUAGAGUCGGUAUCAGGUACUCAUCGGGAUCCGAACCAAAUACAUCGAUUCCAUUUUGCUCAGGUUUCGGUUCUGGCGAAAAUCCGUUGACGCCGGCAACAUUGGAUGUCUUUUUUCGCAUUGAAUAUUGUACAUACCAUUGUCAGUUUGACUUAAAAAUAUAAACUCAUCCUCCAACUUUUAGAAGUACAAGAUCUCUAGAUUUGCAAAACAGGGUGGUGCACUGCACAUAUUUUGUUAGACUUUUCAGUUAAUGUACAAUAGACAAAAAAUUUCUAUAAUCCCGCAAAUCUAUUUGGUUACUUAAAUGUUAGUUAUGAUACUUUUGGCAUCCCUAAGUAAACUAAUUAGUUUCUUAAUAAAAAGGACCCUGAAAUAACUUAAGGAUUACAUGUCUUCUGGCGACAAAUGCGUGUGUUGUGAAUCAUGAUGGUCGACAAUCACAACCGUUGAAACAAAGAUCUCUUGAUCCUUGCAACAUUCUCAUGAAUUACCUAACGUUCCUUCCACCUUUGAUGAGAGAGAUAAGGUGUGAUAAAUGAAUAGUCUGUAUUAAGUUAUUAACUUCUUCACCUCGUAACUUAAAACCAUCAUUUUUAAGCAAUAUUUUAUUCUUCCUCCUUCCAGUUUCAACUGACUUUCAACUGCUUAAAUCUUCUCUCUGGAAGGGCAAGUACACUGCACAGUAACACAAACAAGCUUAUAGCUCUUCCCAAAGAGUUGAGAGUUUGUCAUUUGUUUUGAUCACAAUGGAACCUUCUUACAUUAACAAACAACUUGUAAAAACAAAGUUUAUCAUCAGUGCAUCAACUUCACUUGUUCUUUUUAGUUAUUUGUUACUAGUACUUCUAGUUUGCAGCUCUGUUGAUGCUGAAAAUCCUCAUCUUUGGUUCGAAUGGAGGGUUUCUUACGGUGAGCGUUCUCCUCUUGGUGUUAAAAAGAAGGUUAUUUUGAUUAACGAUCAGUUUCCUGGCCCUCUCUUAAAUACAACUACAAAUGACAAUGUUCACAUUAACGUUCAUAACAAUCUGCCGGAGCCCUUACUUAUCACAUGGAAUGGAAUUCAACAAAGGAGGAAUUCAUGGAUGGAUGGAGUCCAAGGAACAAAUUGUCCAAUACCACCAGGGCAAACAUGGACAUAUAAUUUCCAAAUGAAGGAUCAGAUCGGAAGUUUUUUCUAUUUCCCAACGUUAGCGUUUCAAAAAGCGGCUGGUGGGUAUGGUCCAAUCCGUGUUCAUAAUCGUCAUGUUAUUAAAGUUCCGUUCGACCGUCCAUUCGAUGAAUUUGAUGUCCUGAUUGGAGACUGGUUCGUUUCGGAUUACCGGGACAUGAAAAAAUCUCUAGACCGUGGAAUUCCCUUGCCAUCUCAACCAAAUGGAAUACUCAUCAAUGGUCUUGGUCCUUUGGAAACCAAUUUCACUUUUCAACCAGGAGAGACAUAUAGGUUAAGAAUAUCAAAUGUUGGGCUGAAAACAUCAUUGAAUUUCAGAAUUCAGAAGCACCAAAUGUUGUUAGUAGAGACGGAAGGAUCCUACACACUGAAACAAUACUAUGAUUCUUUAGAUAUCCACGUGGGCCAAUCAUACUCCGUCCUUGUAACUGCCAAUCAGACUGUCGGUAUGUCGUAUUACAUGGUUGCAUCCUCCAGAUUCAUGGAACCAGAGCUGGUUGGUGUUGCUCUUAUUCAUUAUCCGGGUUCGCUAGUUUUACCCCUGGAUCCAAUUCCACCUGGACCUGAUCCAUUCGACUACGAAUAUUCUAUGGAACAAGCCCGUUCUGUAAGAUUGGAUUUGGAAGUUGGAGCAGCAAGGCCGAACCCACAAGGCUCUUUUAAGUAUGGCAAAAUCCCAAUAAACCGCACCAUAAUUUUAGAGAACGGCUUGAUGAUGGUUGGUGACAGUCGCCGUUUUACUGUUAACGGCGUCUCGUUUGUUAAUGGAGACACACCUCUAAAGCUGGCAGAUUAUUUCCAACUCCAAGAUAUAAUUGCACCUGAGAAGUUCCCAGAUGCACCUGAUAAUCGUCCAUAUGCUUUGGGUUCUUCGAUUAUCGAUGCUGAAUAUCGAAAGUUCAUCCACGUUGUGUUUCAAAACCCUCGCCCUUCUUUACAAACCUGGCAUAUGGAUGGAUACAACUUUUUCGUUGUUGGAAUGGAAAAUGGUCAUUGGAACGAGAGUAGACUAUCAGAUUCAUCAUAUAACAUGGCCGAUGCUAUUUACCGUUCUACUGUUCAGGUGUAUCCGUAUUCUUGGACAGCAGUAUUGUUGGAACUAAACAAUCAAGGAAUGUGGAAUAUCAGAUCUCAAGACGCUGAGAAAUGGUACUUAGGCCAAGAAUUGUACAUGAGAGUGAAAGGCAUUGGACAGGAAGAUCCAUCAACCAUUUCCCCUCGGGAUGAAGAAGGUGCACCUUGGAAUCUUAUCAAAUGUGGAAAGGCUGGUCCCGUUUAGUUAGUAUCACUCUCUCCAAAAUUGUACUAUUAUUGGUUUCUGAUCUUUGUUGAAAGAUUUUUUUUCUAUGGACCGAUAAAAAAUAAAUAGUUUAGUUAGCAUCAUUCAUGUUCUUUUGUUC